ACCGCCCAUGCUUUUGCCCCGCCCAGUGCACCCGGUCCAACCCAGUCCAUGCCCUGCCCCCGCCCACUCCCCGGAUGUUUAGGCCUGCCCGGCUAUGACCGGGGCUCGCGGGAUUUGAGGGCUGGCGGUGGUGGUCAGGGACCAGGAGGACGGGACAGGCCCAUCGAUGCGGAGUCCCCAGCGGCUCCCUGAGCCCCUGGGUGUCUGGGUUGAGCCGAGCGGCUCGCGGCCUGGCGGCCUUCUGCCCUGCCUGAGGAAGGCGGCCGUGGCGGCGGCGCAUGUCAGCGCGAUCGGACUGAGCAUGUACUUGGGAAUGCUGAGCCGGCUGGGGACCAGUCGUUUCUCUUGGCACCCAGCUUGCAUGACACUCGCUGUAUGUUUUUGUAUGACUGAGGCCAUUCUGACCUUCUCACUGGACAGUUCACCCUUCUUCUUUUGUUCGAUUAAAGCCAAGGUACGAAUUCAUUGGAUGAUGCAAGUCUUUGCCACCAUCUUUGGCUCAGUUGGUCUUAUCUUCAUUGUCUCCAGCAAGAAUAUCUCCGAAUCCCUGCACCUGACCUCAUGGCACAGCUUCCUUGGGCUAGCGACUGUGAUUGCAGUCAGUGGCCAGCUGCUGUGUGGACUCUGCCUCCUGUUUCCACAGUUAAUUAACACCUACUCCGUGGCCCGGCUGCGGCUUUAUCACGCCACAUGUGGCCUGGUGACGUAUCUGAUGGCCACAGCUACAGUGGUACUGGGUCUGUGCUCUGAUUGGUUCAAAUCCCAGGUUAAUGGGGUUUUGUGGUACUUCUGUUUGAUUGUACCAAUAAUUCCAGCUCUCGUCAUCAUGAAUCAAAUCAACAAUGGCUACCUCUCCAAGAAGAAAAUAGAGAUUUAAUGUGCCACUGUUAAUAGUAAUUGCCACAUGCAGUGUGGACUACAGCUUUCAAUUAUACCAAAUAAGAAUGAACCCAAAAUCUGAUGUGAAGUUGGCAGGCUGGUCUGAGCAAAUAACUUUCUCAUUUGAACAAAACAAGCUCUAAAAACUUUUAGUACUCUAUUUUCUAUCAACUAUUGAUUCCACACCUGGCUUAGUUGCAACUGGGAAUAAAUGUUGCUUUUGGCUAAUUGCUCUCUUCCUGCUUGCUGCUCACUGGCUCUGAUAAUUGCAAGUCAAAUUGCUAAUGGAUGCAAUUGAUUUUAAGUCAAGGAUCAGAUGAAUGUAAACAAGCACCUUUGUGUAUUGCCAGUCAUGCAUUGCUGCUCUGAAUUUGGAGGGUGACUGUGUGUUUGAUGUUUCUUUCUACCUAGAACAUAAUAUAUCAUGAGUUGCAAAACCUUGGGCAGAUGGAGAGGGACACUGUGGCCGGCUGGGUCCCUCUUUGCUGCACUGCACUGGUUGUCAAAAUAUAACAAAUAUUAUUUAAAAUCAUGAAGUGCAGCAACAUAUGUGGAUUUAUUUUUAUGUAUUUGUAUAACUGUUAACAGUGAAAAUGGAAAUGCUAUAACUAUAGUUCUCAUGAUAAAUAAGUAAUGCUGCAUCUAAAGUAAUUAAUUCUUUAAGUUGUUGCAAUCUGUAGUUUCUGAAUCUUUUCACCUCAUCUAGAGCAUUAUUACAGAUAAAAUUAAUCUUGUUCAUCUUGUGAAAUAAUCAAAUUGUUAAAUUACACUCAGAACUUUGUUCAGGUCUCUCUGCCUCUUUACGUAAUGAAUAAGGUUUGUGAUUUGUAACUGUGGGACAAACCAAUAAUGUUAUACACAUUU